CUAAACUUUGCCUUUAAGACAGAUGAAUGUGAGAGAACCAAUAAAAGCGGACAGAAGGCAGGAAAACACGACUCCUGCAGGGGGGAGGGAGCCUGCAGGUCCCUGGGGGGCUGCUUCCUGGACCCCCAAUCUGUCUGCUUAAUGGCUGUCAUAAUUAACCGCGUCUCCAUGGAAACGACGCGUCACGACACGCAGAAGCCGGUAUAAAAGAAGCGACGGGACGCGGCGGAGGACACUGAAGCUGCGGAGCUGAAGCCACCGGACCCCCGCCUGCCUGCUGCCCGGGACCCACAGAGCCUGAUCCGGAUGAUCCAGCUGAGUCUCCCGCUGCCUGCACGAGACAUGAUGCACGAGGCCGGACAUCACCUCAACACCUGCAACAGAGAUCCGGAUCAACACACGCUGAUGAAACACAGAACGAGUCCGUACGAGAUCGACCUCAGUGAAGGUUCCCGUCCCAGAGUCCGUCGUGUCUUCACCAACAGUCGGGAGCGUUGGCGGCAGCAGAACCUGAAUGGUGCCUUUGCUGAGCUGCGGCGGCUCGUCCCCACCCACCCCCCUGACAGGAAGCUCAGCAAGAAUGAGGUCCUGCGGCUCGCCCUCCGGUACAUCCGCUUCCUGGAUCAGCUGCUGGCAGACCAGGACCUAAGGGUCCCCCGGGGCCGGGCGGAGAGCCUGGAGGGGGCGCUCUCUCCGAGCUCUGGCUGCGAGAGCUCAGUGGACGGAGACUUCAGCAUCGACAGCCCGACGGUGGAGCUGCUCUGUGGGGCUCAGUGGACAGGGUUUUUAGCCCCGACAGCCUGAUGGAGGAGCUCCACCGUGGAGCUCUGCAGCGCCUCCACCUGGAACCAUGACGAAGGGUCAAUGGAUGGAAGUUGGCUCCCAGAGACUGAUGCUGUUGUAAAUACAGGGGGAUCAUCAAACAUCAGUUAUUCAGAUUUGUUACCUCGUCAUAAUCUGAACUAUGACUGCAACUAACAAUAGUUUUCAUUGUUGAUUCAUCUUUAAUUACU